AUGAAAGGAACAAUAUUACGCCAGUUCAUCUAUUCUCUACUCUUUCUUGCCUUCUCCAUUUGCCCUAGUACCUCGGAUAUAUUCCCUGGGAAGAAGCACUUUGUGCGCGUUGUCAACGAUCUCGAUGCUAAACGACUGGACGUGCAUUGUUAUUCUGCAGACGAUGUAAUUGAUCGCACUCUUUCUACCAAGGGAGAACAGCUUGAAUUUGAAUUUCGUUCUGUAGUUAACACCUAUUGGAAUUGUAGCAUGAACUCCGUGGUUGGCCAUGUCGAAAUUGAAGAGUGUGGGGGAGUCCAUUGCAUAUGGAAUGUUAGAGAGGAUGGAAUAUACUUGUACAGAAUCAAGCAUAGCGAUUAUGUCAAAAAGUACGACUGGAUACCAAAGCCGUUGCGCCUCCGUUCUAUAAAGAGAAAUGUCAGGCCUUGA